AUGGGAAAUUGUACAGCCGAAAGCAUUUAGCAAUAUGAGAAUGUAGAGUUCACUGAAGGAGAUACAUAUGAAGGAGAGAUGGAGAAUGGAUUCGCAGAGGGCUGGGGUGUAUAUACUAGAAAGAAUGGAGAUCAAUAUAUUGGUUGGGUAAUACUAAAUUAUUUUAAUGAAAGUGGCAUAAUGGGUUUUAGCAUGGGAUAGGCAAAGAAAUAUUUGCUGAUAAAACAGAGUAUGAAGGAACAUUCGUAAAGGGAAAGAAACAUGGCAAAGGUAAAAUCACAUUUCCAGAUGGAUCAUCUUAUGAAGGAUAAUUUUAAAAAGAUAGUUUUUCAGGGGAAGGUGUUUACAUAUAUCCUAAUGGGAUGAAGUUAAUUGGUACAAUAAUGUUAUAAUUAAGUUUGGUAAGUGGAUUGAUAAUAGAAAAGAAGGCAGUGCAUAGAUUGUAUUCGAAAAUGGUAACAUAUUUGAAUGCGUAAGAAUAUUAUGAAUUAAAAGUAAUACAAAAAUGAUAAGAAAAAUGGGGAAGGUCUAUUCAAGUGGCCAGAUGGAUGUAGGUUUUAAAGUAACUGGGUAGAUGGAUAACUGUAAGGGGAAUCGAGAUUAAUCGAGAAUGGCAUCAUGACGAUUGGGGAAUGGUUGAACAAUAAAUGUGUGAAGUGGGAAUAAUUGAAUGAUUGAUAUCCAAG